AUGCUCCAAGGACGAAUUUUCUCUUACACCGACACCCAUUUCCAUCGUCUCGGACCCAACUACAUUCAAGAUGGAUUGAUGGCUUACAACAAUCAAGGCAAUGCUCCGAACUACUUCCCCAACAGCUUCAAUGGGCAUGUGACUCGCAAAGAUGUUAAGGACUCGGUGUUCUCAUUGAGCGGUGAUGUCGAUCGUUUCGAAACCGGAGAAGAUCACAAUUAUGAGCAACCCCGACAAUUUUGGGAGAAAGUUCUCGAUGAAGGAGCUCGCGAAAGAAUGUGCAAGAAUUUUGCUGAUUCCCUGAAGAACUGUCACCAAUUCAUCAUCGAUGGUAUUCUGGAGCAUUUCACGAAAAUCCAUCCAGAUUUUGGCAAGCGCGUCAGAACUAUUAUUCGCGAGCAAACUCGUGCUCAUCAUUAA